AUGGUGAUCGGAGCCAAAAUAACGCUGCAGAACAUGCCAAGCAAAGGGCAUGUGUCUCUCCUCAGGUUACAGAGUUUCACAGUGGAGAAACGACACUCAUUAAUAAAGCUGUCGUAUGGAUCACUUCUGAUUUUGACUGCAAUUGUUUUGGUGGCCAUCAAUCCGAUUCAGUUGAUCUCUGACGGGUUGUUGGUGAUGAAAGAAGGUUCGUUUCUUUACACGAUGUGGGAGGCGCCACCGUACCAGGUCUACUCCGAGAUCCACCUCUUCAACUACACAAACGUCGAGGAGUACAUUAGCGGAGCUGCUGAUAAGUUGAAAGUGCAAGAAGUCGGACCUUUCAGAUUUCUAGAAAUCAGAACAAACGAAAACAUAACAGUCGAUGAGGGUAGAGGAGUGAUGACCAUGAAGCCGAAAUUGGCUUUGAAGUUCCUCAGAGACCAGUCCGUGGGUGACCUGGAGAACAUCACUAUUGUUGCACCGAAUAUCGCACUACUGGCCUUAAGUACGUUGGCGGCCGACAAAUUGGCGUACUGGGGCAACGUGGGAGCUUACUACUCUAUAAAAGCCCUGGGAGUUAAUUUGUUCAGGAAUUUGACGGCCAAUGAAGUCCUCUGGGGCUAUUACGACCCGCUGGUCUCCAUAGCCAACACAUUACUGCCUGGCUGGAUUGAUUUUUCUAAGCUUGGGAUAUUAGAUCGGUUUUACGCGGAGCGUGACGACCUGGUUGAAGUUGAAUUAGGUGACGCAAGUCGGAAAUACUCCAUCAACAGCUGGAACGGAUCUCCUGGAUUAUUAGAACAGGGCUUCACGGACUUGAAUACCAGCUCACCAUGCAACACUAUCCAGGGUACAUAUGAAGGUUUGAUGAUAACUCCGAAUCGUCCCACGGAUAAGGAUAUCCCGGUCUUCAGAAAGCAAGGGUGCAGGAUCUUCCCUUUUUCAUUCCACAGCGAGUCUUCUGCUGAAUACGGAUUUAAUGUUAGAAGAUACGAAUUAAAGGAUACAGCCUUCAACAGGUCGUCACCCUACGUCUGCAAAUGCAAGUACAAUUGUCUACCCGAUGGCUUCGUGGAUGUUAGCCGAUGUUAUUAUGGCUUUCCAAUAGCGUUAUCCAAGGCGCAUCUAUUAGACGUUGAUCCUGCGAUACAGUCCCAUUUCGAAGGCAUGAAGCCGGAUCCAGCGAAACAUACAUCAUUCAUACACAUAGAGCCUACUAUAGGAGCUCCUUUGGCUGUAAGAACGACGCUCCAAGUGAACAUAGCUGUGAGGAUGUCAGAAGGGAAUCCAAUCACGAAACCUCUCCAAGAUAAAGUGAUGCCGCUGAUGUUGCUCUCCUUGUCCUGCGAAACCCCUCCGCCGAGCAUCAUCAAAUUGUUGCGACUCAAGUUCGUCAUAGGACCAGCCCUGCUCAUCACGUUUAUCGUCUUCCUCUUUGCAGCCGGAGUAGCUACCGGUAUUUGGGGAUUUUACCGCAUCUUCAAACCCAAAUACAAGCUGCUCACUCAGGAAUUCAACAGAAAAACUAUAGAGAAGAAAAUCAGUAUGGAAAGGAGAAAGAGCAUUGAGAGAAGGCGAAAAAGUUUUGAAAGGAGAAAGAGUUCAAUGUUAAAUGUCGUGGAGAAUUUAGGACUGGUUAAGGUUAAGGAGGAUCUGGCUAAAGAGGCCGUCUCUUUGUUAGGUAUGAGCGAUAAUGAUGAUUUGGUGUAG